CCGUCUUGAUAUCAUGCCCGAUGAUGAUCGACUUGAACAAGGAUCCGGAAGAGUGGUAUGAUGAAGCGUCAUCCCCAAUAACGCUGCACGCAAUUCCACCCGAAAUACCCCCAAAGAAGCAAAAACAACCUCCAGUACAACUGUCGAGCCCCAGCCCCUCGAGAAGCCGUGCGCGUCUUUCCUAUGAUCACGGUGGCCUCUCUAGCAAAGAUUCUAUUGUCGCAAGGUUAACAGGCGAAAGCGGCUUGGACACGAACCACUCUGGUGACCACCAAUUGACUAACGUGGAUGUGAUCGGAAGCGGAAUAAGCGAAUCCAACACCGGCAGCAAUCUUGACCAUGUCAGUCAGCACAGUCAGUCCCCUAGGCGUGGCUCAAAGCCAGCAGAUCACCCGGUUGAUGGUGUGUGGGAUUUACCUGUCGUCGUGCAGAAGGACCAGAAAGAAAUCGAGUUCGCCUACUUGAUCACACGUGGCAUCAUUGUCGAGGAACUUCUCAGUAAAUUUAGUCGACGUUUUCAUGCUAAAGUCGAAUCGGAAGACUGUCAGUCCCGGCAUUGGGGUUCAGUCGACCACCAUCCGAGGUGGUCUUGCGCGCGGUUGAGUGUUGCAGGCGCAAACCGUUAUAAGGUAGCAAAGGUCGUGAAACAUAAUUCAGCCUCCAUACAGCCUGGUUGGCGCCUAUAUUCGCUUUAUAAUCUUUUGGCAAUGUCACUUUACAAGCUCCAUGGCGAAUUUUUAACACGCAUCAACAUACCAGUACUGCACCACAGAAACCAACAAAACAAACUGUUUGAAUGGCUGGAAAGAGAAAUCUUUACGCCUGGCUAUAGUCAUCCUCUACUUGGAAUUGCCCCUCAAUCCUGGUUAACUUGGGAGUCAGGUGGCCCCAAGCUGAAGCAUUACGGGAAAAUUCAAGUGGAAUUGGUAGAGUACUUCUCUGAAAAGCGCCGCGAUCCAAUUAAUUCCGCGUCACGUGUACUAGACAUUUACCAAGCUCAGCAUGCCAAGGAAUAUUUCGCAUUGCAGCAAACCCCAAACUCAUUCCUUGAGGACACAUAUCGAUUGUCGAUAAAACCACACUUCAGAAGAACCCUAGAUUUCCUUUCAAGGCUGGCUAAAAACUUGAAAAUAGAUUCCAUACCUAGCAAUGAUAGAAAAUCAAAGACUGCAAAAGAACACAUGUCGUUGGCUUUACCGUAUGUUUCGAUGUUUGAAGAAAAGUUUCACGAGUCAGAAAUUGAAAAAGGAGAUCUCAGGAGUUAUUAUCCAACCUUGCCGAUAUCGAUGUGCUUUCAAAGUGACCUACCUGGUUCGAAGCCUCUGCGAAUAGUCCACCCACCAAGCGGGAGGAUAUAUGAUUUGAAAGCUAAAGCCUGCCACUUGUGGGAUGUGUUGAAUCUCCUGAGGGCUUUGCCCCAUGGUACAGUUAUUCCCAUGGAAAACCAAAUUCAUUUGGAGAGAUCCAAUUGA